UUCUGUUAUUUGUAUAAAUUUUUUGUAUACUUGUUUGUUAUUGAGAAAGGUUUUUUAAAAUAUAAAAAAUAAAAUAUAAAAAACACAACAUUUACCAUUGUUACAAAUAUUUGAUGUGAAGGACGCAGAGAUUAAGUGACAGUGAGAAACAGUUUUAUUCAAACUCGUCUUGGUGAACUUUGAAGCUCCUCAGGCUAGCUUAACGUGCUAACCGCUAACAAAGACACCCGGAAGUUAUCAACACAUCGCCAAGCAGAGUGUUGUGAUUGUGUGAAAAUGUGGAAAAUACAAAUGCUGAGAGCGUUGGUGAAUCAGCGAUUAAAUGUGGCUGUUGAAGAAAUAUUUGGAGUGUUAGAAAGAACGAUAGCAGAGUACGAGGAGGAACUUUGUCGAACAAAAGAGGAGAACGAGCGACAACGUCAACUACUGGACGCUGUUUUCAAGAAGCCCCAAGUUGUGUUACACAAAGCAGACAUCAAUGAAGAGCACCCUGAGCAACAGGAGUGGAACUCCAUGAUGGAGCAGGAAGGGCCACAGCUCCCCCACAUUAAAGAUGAAGAAGAGGAGCCACAACCCUCCUACAUUAAAGAGGAAGAUGAGGAUUACAGCAUCAGUCAGGAGGGAGAGCAUCUUGAAGGACUGGAGGAGUUCCCAGUGAUUGGUGUCCAUGUGAAGAGUGAAGAUGAUGAAGACAAAGGUGAAAGGGAGGAGACGAGAGAGUUGGAGCCUCCAAGCAGCAGCUCCACUCAUCACAUGACAACAGAAGCUGAUGGAGACCACUGUGGAGGAUCACAAGCAGACAACCUCUUAGCUCCACUAUCAGAUAGUGACGACAUAACGUCACACUCUCCUGACACUGAUGAUGAAGACUCUGAAGCUGAUAUGACAUGUCACACUGACAACACACGCUGGAAAUGCUCUCAAUGUGACAAAACUUUUGUUAACAAGGGAAAUCUGAACAGACACACAAAGCAGCACACAGGAGAGAAACCUUUCACCUGCUCGGUUUGUGGUAAAAGAUUCUCUCGGCAGUCAAAUUUGAAAGUGCAUGCAAGAAUGCACACUGGAGAGAAAGCUUUUCCUUGCACGGUGUGUGGUAAAAGAUUCAGACAAAAAGGUGAUUUAAUAACACACACAAGAAUACACACAGGAGAGAAACCUUUUUCCUGUUCAGUUUGUGGUACAACAUUCGCUCAGAAUUCACAUUUGAAAGCACACGCAAGAACACAUACUGGAGAGAAACCAUUUCUUUGCAUGGUGUGUGGUAAAAGAUUCAAUCAAAAAGUUCAGUUAAACGCACACACACGAAUACACACUGGAGAAAUUGUUUGAUGUGUGGUCAGCGGUUCACAAAUAGAACAAACUUGACUGACUACAAAAGAAGCCACACUGGGGAGUAACUUGAAAACGUUUUUGAAAAUAUGUGAAGUAUGAAUAACCAAGACUGUUACUGUUGAAAAAAACUGAAGUUGUGCAAGAGAACGACUUCUUAUGUUGUUAAAUGACAUUAUAAUGAAAUGUUUGCAAUGUGUAAUGGAAAUCUUACAUUUUACCAUUGGGCCAACUGAUUUGAACAAAUAGAGUAUUUCUGCUGAUAAACAUUGAUGUCAGACUAAUUUACUCGAAGAACAAAUUAUGCUUUUUUAGGACUAUUUGCUUGAGGCUAAAGACCUCCUGCGUCCAAAAACAAGUCUCUCCAAUGGCGUUUCCACAUCAACAGGUUCUGAUUAACCCAGAAUACGUCCUUGCACCUGAUUAAGUCCUGAUAACGUUUCUACUGAUAACGUUUCUAUAACUAUGCUUCUGUCCUGUCCUUCCGCGGGGUGCUUGCGGCAGACUCCCAAAAGUCUAUUUCAACUAUCUUCUCCUUCUAUAGAAUAAAUAUGAUAAAGGAAAAAUUUGUCAUUGAGGACUUUAUUUUGUAUCUCCAGCGGUGCUAACAAGAAUUUCCCCCCACAAAUGUUAAUCUAUCGCAUGUACUAUAUGAACACACUUUUCUUAUUUUCGACUUGACAAUUGUACAUUUGACCCUUAAUCAUUUGCACGUGUUAGCAGGGUUUCCCCUAGGAUUUUUUUGAAGCUGUGGUGGUGGGCUGCAUGGGAUAUUACAUUACAUACAUAUAUUACAUUAAUUGUAAUAUUUUUUUAAUAGAAAUCUGUCCUGUAUAAAUUCAGAGUCCAUGGUUAUGAUAGUGCAGGUUUAUCCCACUUCCAGCACUAUUAAAGCUACUUUGACAAAAAGAAAGAUUUGUGUUUUAAGUGAUUGCCAACAUUUUUAUUUUUUUACUUUAACUUUAUUUACAAAGCACAUCUCCACUCAGUGUACUCAUUUGUCAUUAAAUACGGGCGUCCUGUUUGAA